ACCUAAAAUCAUUUUCGUUGUCAUAUUCUGUAUCAUAGGGGAUUUGGAUUUUUGUCCUCAGAAACAGAUCGAAUUCCGGAUGAACAUUUUUGAGCAUUGUUUCCACGAUCUCUGGCUUCUAUAGAUUCCACCUGCAUAUCCAUGUCGAACGACGAUGUUUCUGUACUACGUCGGAGCUUUCUGUACUACGUCGGAGCGGGCGACGUUUUUAUAAUAUCAUAAUGCUGCACUACUUCAUUUCGACGGUGGAGGGAUUGGGAGUCCUCCACUGCGGGCUUCAGCCUACAGGUAACUCUGUUGCUUCGCCCUCACAACCAUUCGACACAGUAGUGGCUCACUUCUUCUCGACGAACAGGCGUGGUGUCUGGGCACUCUGGCAACGGGCUUCGGUCUCGACCCUGUUGUGUGCCAGCGCUACAACUCCAAACUUUGCGCCCCGAGCCAUCUGAGUGGUUUGACACGCAUCGCGGUGUAGUAGCUAGUAUGUUGCGUUGUCUCUCCAUCGGAAAUCACGACAUCAAGUGAAGACGCACAGCAAGCGGACACAACUACUGCCGCGGAUCCAGCGAGCCACUACAAUCAAGCGGCCUGCGACACCAUGGGGGCGUUUGCAGUACAGACCGGCAGUUGGGCUUUGAGCAAGGACCGAGGAAGACAUCGCCCUAGUGGUUUACAGAUCUGCGGUUUUGCUUGGCUAGUCAACUGCGAAAACAUGUCCUAUGGUUAGCUUAAAAGAGAGAAUAGCUUAGUAGUUAGAAGCUGACUGUAGUGGUUUCCUCCUCCUCCUCCAUGUCGAACGACGAUGAAAACUAAAACCAUGACGUCGGCCUCAAUCUGUCUGUCUCAAUGGCAACAUCCUUGCGCGUUAUUCUUAUUUGCUGAAUGAAGCCGUUUCCGCGCAAACCAAAAAAACGAUCCGGGGAAGGAGAGGACGCCGACGGGGGAGCUCCGCUGCGUGGCCCGCGGGAGGCAGAUGGGGUACUAGAAAUUCCAAAAAUUUCUUCCUUAGUAUCGAUUUUUUAGUUCCUCGUAAUAAUCCUAAGAGUGAGUUUCAUUUUCUUACCUUCCUUCGUAACUAACUACACUGGCGCAGCGCCGCGUCAGUAGUUUCUUUGACCGUAAGGUGGACCACAACCCGCCUGCCGCGCCCUGCGGGUGCAAGAUGAACGUGACCUCUUGGUUGCACACCCGAAUGACGAGCUGUGCAUGACUUUUGCUGAUUUUGUAUGAUAUUGGGGAACAAACUACGCUAAGAAAUGAUUUCUACCUCUUCGUUCAGGUGGUCCUGCGCGAGCGAUCCGGGGAGACCUCCACUAGUGCCACUAGUACCCGGGCGUCCUCCACCUCUAAAGCCCAACAACCAGUAUCGCCACAACAUGCAAACCACGGACUUCCAGUGCAGCCGCAAUCCCAACCCGCUGGGACGACAGGCAGCAACUCCAGUGGCAGCAACCGUUCGCGGUCUGAACAGCAAGAGCAGGAUGUUGCCGCACGGAGUCUCCUAUGAAAUGCAAAAGUAUCGUACUAGUAUAAACUGCAUUACAAAAUUCCUUAGCAUAACAAAUGGAAUUUGUCAUGCUGUUUUAGCUUAGGAAGGCGAUUUGUCAUGCAUAACUGUGAUUACUACGAGUGCGAUAGUUUUGCACAGGAUAUCUCCGCUUGAGUUUGGCGGGGAUCGCACUGCCCGGGGCGUAUCAACUGUAAAAAUGUCUGGGUCUGGAAGAACGCAACUUGUGAUGCUGCGUUUCGAUGCCUAAAAAAUUUGUGUUGCAUGAGCAGCAAACAGAGUCUAAUUUUUGCUACACGGAGAGGGCAUUUGUCAUGCGGAAUGGGCAUCAAGACUCCCUCAAAAAACCUGUGAUGCUAGGGCAUGCAUUACAGGCACCAUGGGUCAUGAGAAAUAUGCAUGACAAAUCUUGCAUUCUUCCAGACCCAGACAUUUUUACAUUUGAUAGGGCGGUAGUCAAUACCAUACUGGAAGAGGACGAACAAGAAGUCUUUGAUCAGCAUCAAGUUGGCGGCCGAGCGUCCUCUCGCGGCCCGGGACGAACCUCAUCAAGAGAUGAGCUUUUGCAACUAGAGGCACAACAAGAAAUAAUAGCCGACAACGAUAGCACGCGGCCGGAGCCACCGGAAGACCACGGCGAAGAAGUGGCGUCUUCGUACAACUCCGCCACGCACGGGACUUCCGGCUUUUCCCCCGUUGCGGAUACAGCGGCAGCGACGAUGACCUUCGAGACCCUCCACGGCGAGUUGCAUAACGUAGAAGUUUUCGACCACUUUAAAAAUAUUCCGCCAAAUGGCCGCGGUCCUCGUCCUCCAUCAUCCCCGAUCCUCGUUUCCGAGAGCCGCAGCAACUCGCGCGAGCUUUUGGUCGGGCCGCGGCACGUGAGCUUCAAUCCGGAAGGCCCGACGACCACGGUGGUGCCCGUCGCGGCGGAGGACGAGGAACGGCAGAGGCUGCGUGAGGGCCUGGGACAGGGCACGACAGCAGGAGGUCGCGUUUGUUCUAGUGAUAGGAGUUCUGGGUGGACGCCGGUUGGAGCUAUGCGAGUGCACAAGAACUCCCCCUCCCCCUCGUCAUUUGUAUGGCAACAUGAACAGCAAUACAGGCACCAGCUCAAAUGGAGCCUGCGCAAGACAAAUCUACACACGGAUUGUAAAGCUGUUUGUGGUUCAAAAAUUUCUCAUGCAACUGACUGCGCUUACAGGCAAAAUGUGGAUUUGGAUUUUUGCAUGACAAUGAGAUAUGAGGGGGAGGGGGAGUUGUGCACUCUCAUAGAAGCACUAGUCGGUGGAUCCUCAACGCCGGAGACGAACACGAAUAAGAAAAUGACCUGGCGCCAGCCGAAUGUGGACCUGGUGCAGCCGCCGCACCCGCUGGUGUGGUGGGUGUGCCAGCCCUGUUGCGUGUACCGCGAGCACGGGUGUGAAGAGCCCUUCACGCUCGGCAUGGCCUGUUUCUGUUGGUUUCUUCCCGUGACAGAGCCGGAGAAGAUGGUAUUGCGGAACGACUCGCUGAAGAUGAGAGGUAGUAGUAGUUCCCCGGGGGAGCGGGACCGCGAGCGCCUGUACCACGGACCAUACCGCUGGGCGUGGAACGAAAAAUCGUGUUUUUGCCCCUGCCUGUACCCGUGGGAGCUUCGGUUCGACAGGGAUAAAGCCCAGGAAAUCAAGCGACUCCGAGCGCAGGAGGAAAACAUGCGUCCUAGUUUCGAAGAUCGGCAGAAAAAUAGCAUUCACCGCGAGGCAGAGCUGCGGAUGAAAAACAUGAAGGCCGCGCCAGCUGGUGGUCCACCGCAGCAGGUCAUGGCGUGA